UCUCAUGGCAAACUUUAUAUCAUAAUAUUGAACGACAUUCUACUUUCAUAUAUGUAAUAGAUUAGAUUGGAUAAGCAGUCACGAGAGUGAUAGAGAAAUUAAUGGAGAAUAGAACUGAGGAAGAUGUAUCAAUCAUCAAAGUUUCUUCCCUUACUUGCAUAGAUCUCGACAACUCCGAUCUUCAUCAAUCAGCUGUUUUACUCAAGCAGGCAUGUCUCGAUAGUGGAUUUUUCUAUGUCAUAAAUCAUGGUAUAAGUGAGGAACUGAAGGACGAGGCUUUUGAACACAGCAAGAAGUUUUUUGCUCUUCCUUUGGAGGAGAAAAUGAAAGUCUUGAGAAAUGAAAAGUAUCGAGGCUAUGCACCAUUCCACGAUUCUCUCUUAGACCCUAAAAACCAAGUCCGAGGGGACUACAAAGAGGGUUUUACCAUUGGGUUCGAAGGUGGCAAAGAUGGUCCCCAUGGGGAUAAACCAUUCCAUAGCCCCAACAUUUGGCCUAACUCUGACGUUUUGCCCGGAUGGCGGGAGACCAUGGAGAAAUAUUAUCAAGAAGCAUUGAGGGUUUGUAAGUCUAUUGCGAGAAUAAUGGCUUUGGCGCUCGACUUGGAUGUGGAUUACUUUGAUACACCAGAGAUGCUGGGAAAUCCAAUUGCAGAUAUGGUCUUGUUUCACUAUGAAGGGAAGUCUGAUCCCUCGAAAGGAAUAUAUGCAUGUGGAGCACAUUCUGAUUUCGGAAUGAUGUCUCUCUUAGCAACUGAUGGUGUAAUGGGACUUCAGAUAUGCAAGGAUAAAGACGUGAAGCCUCAAAAGUGGGAAUAUAUUCCAUCAAUUAAAGGAGCCUAUAUUGUGAAUCUUGGUGAUCUGCUGGAGCGUUGGAGUAAUGGCUAUUUCAAGUCUACAUUACAUCGGGUACUUGGGAAUGGGCAAGACCGAUAUUCUAUUCCAUUCUUCCUAAAACCAAGUCAUGACUGUAUAAUAGAAUGUCUUCCUACCUGCCAGUCCGAAAACAACCUUCCCAACGAUCAAAUGUUCAACGUACAUCUCCCAACGUUACAAAGCAGCACAUGCACACCUAAAACAGACCUAGGUGAAGCAUGUCUAGAUUGUGGAUUUUUCUAUGUCACAAAUCAUGGUAUUAGUGAAGAGUUAAAGGACGAGGCUUUCGAGCAAAGCAAGAAGUUCUUUGCUCUUCCUUUGGAAGAGAAAAUGAAAGUCUUGAAAAACGAAAAGCAUCAAGGCUAUUCACCAGUCCUUAGUCAAAUCUCUGAUAACCAAAUCCAUGGGGAUUACAAAGAAAGUUUUUUCAUUGGAAUCGAAGGGUCCAACGAUACACCAUUCUGUCGCGCUAACAUUUGGCCUAACCCUGAUGUUUUGCCGGGAUGGCAGGCGACCAUGGAGAAAUAUCAUCAAGAAGCAUUGAGGGUUUGUAAGGCUAUUGCUAGAGUACUCGCAUUGGCGCUCAACGUGGAUGGAGAUUACUUUGAUAAACCAGAAAUGCUGGGAAAUCCCCUCGCAUUUAUGCGCUUGCUUCACUAUGAAGGGAUGUCUGAUCCCUCGAAAGGAAUAUAUGGAUGCGGGCCACAUUCUGAUUUCGGAAUGAUGACUCUCUUAGCAACCGAUAGUGUAAUGGGGCUCCAGAUAUGCAAGGAUAGAUAUGUGAAGCCUAGGAAGUGGGAAUAUAUACCGUCGAUUAAAGGCGCGUAUAUUGUGAAUAUCGGUGACUUGCUGGAGCGUUGGAGCAACGGCAUUUUUAAAUCCACAUUGCAUCGGGUACUUGGGAAUGGUCAAGACCGAUAUUCCAUUGCAUUCUUUCUGCAACCGAGUCACGACUGUAUAGUAGAAUGUCUUCCUACCUGCCAGUCUGAAAACAACCCUCCCAAAUAUCCAGCUAUCAAAUGUUCAACGUACCUCACCCAACGUUACCAGGAUUCACAAGUGGAUUUGAGCAUCUACAAAAAACAGACCUAAGUGAAAGUCUUUUUGGAAUUUCUUAGAAAGUUCCAAUCCCUUCCCACUAUAAAUGCUUUGGUAUUCU